AUGGGCUUGGGAAUCAACAGAAAGCCUCACAAGGUACCAGACCUGUCACGUUAUGACUACCAUUAUCAAACGAAGGACGAAGAAAGCGGGAAAUUAGGCCUUUCAGCAGCUGCAGCUGCUGCGUCUGCUGGAAGAAGCAGGUCGCUAGUGCACUCCAGAAAACCGCUGCAAGCAAGACCAGAAACAGCACACGGUCGUAGUUACAGUCUUCGCAAUAGUGCCAAAUCGAACACCAAGCCCAUUUCCGGUAACUCUGAGCAAAUGGGCUCUCUUACCAAGGGCCGGCCCUCAUUGCCAACUCCGGGGAGAACAGCUUCGCGAAGUAACUCGAUUGUCACAGUGCACACCACUGAGGUCCGAGACCCCACAGGAAGAACCCACUCGAUUACCAAGAAAAGUGUACGUCGUGUAAAUGGCUAUGAGUACGUUGAGACAACCACCACUACAACUACAACCAACGCAGCUGGCCCAGGAGACACGGAGAAACACUUCAACGAGUUUACCACAGAUUUUUCGCAGGACUUUGAAUUCGAUCACGACCAAAACCACGAUCAAGGCGAGGACCACGACCGGUUUAUCAUGAGCUCUGGGGUCUCUGACACGCUUAGGGAGGAAGACGAGGAAGACGACAUCGAUAUAGACGACGCUAGUUUUAUGGAUGCCAUGGACUAUCUGCCCAAGUCCAAAACCACAAAGCCCACGGCACCUGUGCCACGUAAAGUUAAAAGACUGGCAAAACCCAAACAAGCACUGAGCGAACAAGAAAUAUACGCAAAGGCCUUGGAAGCUGCGCGAAAAAAGGUCUAUGGUGAUCAAGCGGUGGACAACGCUGGCCCGUCUGUAGCCACCCGCAAUGCUACGCGGUUGGGUUCUUUGCGUGAAACUCCUGCAAUUGAACCUGCAACACCAAGGACAAAGCGCAGAAGCUUUUCGCUGAAAAAGCUAGGGCAGAAGCAAGCCCGGCCCCAAAACGAAGCUGUGAACAACUACGAGAAACCAAAUCAAACAAGAACGACUCUUAGGGACCAGCUGCCUGCUGUUGGUAGCUCCUCACAUGCUCGCCGGAUGAGCGAUGGAGAAAUUCACGCCAAAGCGCUGGAACUUGCGCGUGAGCAAUAUGCCGCUGGAAAAGCCGAUCAACCUACCGUGAUCUCACCUAUUGAAGCUCCUGAUUUAAAAAACUCUCUUGUUGAAGCUCCGUACGUCGAAGCUCCUCAUGCCGAGGCUCCUCCCACUAAAACAGGUAGCUCCAACUCAAAGGUCAAGAACUUCUUCAAUAAAGUGGCACAAUUUAGCCACGAAAACUACGGAUACCAAACUAAAAAUGGGAAGCAGUCGAGUACCGGAGCGAGCUCCGAAAACAAAGUUUGCAGGGAAUCCCCAAGUUUGGAGAACGAGAGGCGCCCGGUGGCCAAUGACGCGAACGGGCAUGUUCAAGAGCCUUCGAAUGAUGAUGGAUUUCAGGACAAAGUGAACUCCGUACUGAAAUCUGAAGACAGCGAUUUGGCUCGGGAUAAUUUCGCUCAGGAUGAGACAGAUAUAAACGUGAAAACAAGUUCUAGUGAUGAGGCAAUGGGAAAUGCGACGGCUUUUGUACCCGUCAACGCUGAAUUUAUCCAGGCUGGUGCUGCAGACACACAAGUUGUCAAUACAGUGGUAGUGCAGUCCGAGACUUUGGAAACGACUUCUAGUAAUCAUGAGCUUUCAGCACCCACAGUCUCGAAAACACAGCAAGUCAAUGUUGAAGAACAGCCUAAUGAUUUGGAGCACGCCGAGACCAAGUCCCUGCAACCGUAUCGUACGGAAGUGGUGCCGAAAACGGGUUUUAAUCCAAGCAGCCCGGCGAAGACUUCUAGUGGCAAGACUACGCAGGCCACGCAGGCUACGCAGGGGACAAAUGACACGCAGCCGCAGGCAUCUACUCUUGCCUCGUCAGUGUCCAGCUCGCAAGCCAAUUUUUCCAGACAGAGUGUGAGAGGCUCACUGCCAGGCCCUCGCCAGGACCAGGUGCAGCCCGGCCUGUACGACACAACUCUGGCCAAAAAGUCGGAAAGUACGGAUUUGCGUACGACACCGGCGUUGAAAAGCUCGCAAAGAGGAGCUGCGAGAAAGCCUACGUUCUUGCAGAAACUGUUCAAACGGUCCAGCAAAAAAACCAAGCAAAAUUAG